GGAUAUAAGAGCAAGGCCACCACUAGCAGAAUCAGAGCCAUUGUUUUUCUUGACACAUCCCAUAUAACCUAGCACGAGCCAUGCAUUUCUCAUUCCUCCGAGUCGUCGCAGUCGUUGCAGCUUUGACAAGAUCUAUGUCCGUCACCGCACAGCAAUGUGCGCUCUUAGGCGUGGCUUGUGGCCCGACCAGCCCGGAAGGCUUCGGAUGCUGCGGUGACUAUGUCUGUCCGCCUUUGCGCCUUGUACCAGUCCGGAAGUACCCUCGUGUACUGCGAGAGAAAGUCCGGAUGAGCUUGGCAAACUGAGCAUGUCACAAUAGUGAGUCUUAUCUCUUUCGCGUUGGCACAGUGCUUGAUCGCACGAUAUACAGUUCGUCACGGAGUGGAUGGAUGU